AUGGAUGCAGGCAAUGAAAGGGAAUCUACAGCGCCUAAAAGGCGCGAGUCGCGCGCUGGGACUCGGAAAGUAACCUCUCUGACGGCGGAACAGCUCGACGGGAAACGGGCAAACGAUCGGGAGGCUCAGAGGACCAUUCGUCAACGGACGAAAGAGCACAUAGAGUCUCUGGAACGCGAAGUGGCAGAGCUGAGGGCAAAGACGGAACGAUUCGACGAAGUAGUGCAGCGUAAUGCUGCCCUGGACGAAGAGGUCCGUCGGCUGCGGCAUCAGCUCGCCAUUGUCACAAGUAGUCCAGCAUAUCCGGGUAACGAUAGUAACGUGCCCCAUAUGGCCAUGUUUCCCUCGAACUACUCCGGACCCUUUGGAGGAGCGACAGAUUCCAUCUCCGGUGCCUCCUCAGUCCUUCAUUCACCACACGACCAGAUACCCCCGUCGCAGCAGCGUUGGCAAAAUUACAGCUCUCCCUCGCCGGCUGCGAUGGGCCAGUCGCCCAAGCCAGACUACCCAGGCAGUGUCGAACCGUAUAUCCUUCACGGGCAGCUCCAGCCGCCCGCAAUGCACCAGCCGGUCAGUCCAAUGCCGUAUUCACCAGACCAGCAUGUUGGCUUUAACCCUGACUCUGGCCCUGUCCCUCUGUCCGAUCCCUCGUCCCAACCAUUCAACCUGCAGUACUACCAAGUACCGCAUGACUUCUCCCAAAGACCAGGAGACACGCUCCAGCGGAACCUCUCGCACGGCACACAGUACGGGUCCCCGCAGCAUUCCCCUUCUGCUCCCUUGGAAAACGCAGCACCAAGCACGUUUCCAUGGACCAUUCCCGGCAGGGGCAUCAUCAACAGCCAAGUUCUUCCAAGGACCCAUCGCCACACGGGGAAUCGCAUUAUCCUUGUCUCUGGGAGGUCCCAAAUUGAAACGCCUAACCCUAAACCACGGUUGCGUGUCGCAUGCAGUCCCUAUCCUGUUAUGGGUGAUGGAGUUUGA